AUGAAAUACUUAGCAGUGGUUUUUUCGUUUGCGGCUUUGGCUGCAGCUCGGCCUGAGUUGCCGUCUGGAAGUUACUUGCCAACUGGAGGGCAUAUUGGCUCGUUCGAGUCGUCUGGCAGCCAUAUUAAUGGGAUAAGCGGUGGAUUUGGUGGAAUUGGAGGAAUCAGUGGAAUCGGAGGAAUUGGUGGAAUUGGCAGUAUUGGUGGAAUAGGAGGUAUUGGUGGUUUCCAACAAGAUCAGAAACACGUCUACUUCUACGCCGCCCCCGAAGAGGAGCACGCAUCCCGCUUGCGUAUCAAUAUCGUACCAAACUCCCAGAGGAACACCAAGAUCAUCUUCGUGAAAGCGCCAAGUUACGGUGGCGUCGUCCCAGAAGUUAUCGCUCCACCAUCCUUGUCGGAAGACAAAACUUUGGUUUACGUCUUGGUCAAAAGGCCACAAGACGGCGGACAAAUUACUAUCCCAGCCGGUGCCGGUGUUAAACAGGCCAAACCCGAAGUUUUCUUUAUCAAAUAUAAGUCUCAACACGACGCCGAAGCCGCCAUCCGUGGAGGACUUAAUGGACAAGCUGUCGGUUCGUCGGUUUCUGAUCUCGGCAACGAAUCCAGCUUUGUCAGAACUUUGGCUUCUGGUUCUCAUGGUCAUGGUGCCAUUGGCGAUAGUGGUUUCGGUGGAGGAUUUGGACACAUUGGAGGUGGAAUAAUUGGAACGGGAGGAGCGGGGGCAAAAUUUGGACCGGCUGGUGAAAGUGGACCGUAUUAA